AGUUGAGGCUGGUCACAGCUCAAGAGGCCCAAGAAGCUGCUAGCUUCAGCCACAAGUGAUGACAACUGACUGGUUACUGCUGCUUUGAGACACAUACAACACACUUUUUAAGGUUUGUGGAUGGCUCCUAGAACAUCUUGACUUGCUCCUGAGGAAAUAGUAUUCUAUUGGGUUUCCUGCCAAGCUAUUCCCUCGUGAACCAUGAACCAACCAGACCCUGCAGAUGACCCAGAUCCCAGCCCUGACCCCCUGUGCGUGGUGUGUGGCCAAGCCCACUCCCCCGAGGAAAACCACUUCUACACCUACGCUGAAGAUGUGGACGAUGACCUCAUGUGCCACAUCUGCCUGCAGGCCUUGCUGGACCCUCUGGACACCCCAUGCGGACACACCUACUGCACCCUGUGCCUCACCAACUUCCUGGUGGAGAAGGACUUUUGCCCGGUGGAUCGCAAGCCCGUGAUUCUGCAGUGCUGCAGGAAGUCCAACGUCCUGGUUAACAAGCUCCUUAACAAGCUGCUGGUCACCUGUCCCUUCACAGAGCAAUGCACACAGGUGCUGCAGCGCUGCGACCUCCAGCAUCACUUCCAGACCAGCUGCAAAGGCGCCUCGCACUACGGCCUGACCAAAGACCGGAAGAGGCGUUCCCAAGAUGGCUGCUCCGACGGCUGCGCCGGCCUCACAGCGCCGGCCCUCCCCACAGACGGCUCUGCGGCCGCCGCCAUCUCCCUAAUGACGGACGGGCCUGGCCUAGACAACCCUGCCUACGUGUCCACGGCGGAGGAUGGCCGGCCAGCAGCCAGCCCCUCGGACUCCGGCCGCAGCAACCGAGCGAGGGUACGGCCCUUUGAGCGAUCCACUAUUAGAAGCAGAUCUUUUAAAAAGAUUAAUCGAGCUCUGAGUGUGCUUCGAAGGACAAAGAGUGGCAGUGCAGUUGCCAACCAUGCUGACCAGGGCAGGGAAGAUUCGGAAAGUAACACUGCUCCUGAAGUCUUUCCAAGGUUGUAUCACCUGAUUCCAGAUGGUGAAAUUACCAGCAUCAAGAUCAAUCGAGUAGAUCCCAACGAAAGCCUCUCCAUUCGACUUGUGGGAGGCAGUGAAACUCCGCUGGUCCACAUCAUUAUCCAACAUAUUUAUCGGGAUGGAGUGAUUGCCAGAGAUGGCCGGCUACUGCCAGGCGACAUCAUUCUUAAGGUCAACGGAAUGGACAUCAGCAAUGUCCCUCACAACUAUGCCCUGCGCCUCCUGCGCCAGCCCUGCCAGGUGCUUCGGCUCACCGUGCUGCGUGAGCAGAAGUUCCGAAGCCGGAGCACUGGGCAGGUGUUGGACACCUCUGGACCCCGCAAUGACAGUUUCCAUGUGAUUCUCAACAAAAGUAGCCCUGAGGAGCAGCUUGGAAUAAAACUGGUGCGCAGGGUGGACGAGCCUGGGGUGUUCAUCUUCAAUGUGCUGGAUGGUGGCAUAGCUGACAGACAUGGUCAACUAGAGGAGAAUGAUCGUGUGUUGGCCAUCAAUGGACAUGACCUUCGAUAUGGUAGCCCAGAAAGUGCAGCUCAUCUUAUUCAGGCCAGUGAAAGGCGUGUCCACCUCAUUGUAUCCCGCCAAGUUCGACAGCAGAGCCCCGACAUCUUUCAGGAAGCGGGCUGGAUCAGCCACGGUAGCUGGUCCCCAGGCCAGGGGGAGAGAAACAACAUUCCCAAGCCCCUCCACCCUGCAGCCACCUGUCAUGAGAAGGUGGUUAGUGUCCAAAAGGACCCCAGCGAGUCUCUCGGCAUGACCGUUGCAGGGGGAGCAUCACACAGGGAAUGGGACUUGCCUGUCUACGUCAUCAGCGUUGAGCCUGGAGGAGUCAUAAGCAGAGAUGGAAGAAUAAAAACAGGUGACAUUUUAUUGAAUGUGAAUGGGAUUGAGCUCACAGAGGUCAGCAGGAGUGAGGCAGUGGCCUUACUAAAGAGCACAUCCUCUUCUGUGGUACUCAAAGUUUUGGAAGUCAGAGAGCAUGAGCCCCAGGAAGAGUGCAACAGCCCAGCAGCCCUGGACUCCAAUCACAACAUGGCCCCAUCUGGUGACUGGUCCCCGUCCUGGGUCAUGUGGCUGGAACUACCACGGUAUUUAUACAACUGUAAAGAUAUUGUAUUACGAAGAAAUACCGCUGGAAGUCUGGGCUUCUGCAUCGUAGGAGGUUACGAAGAAUGCAAUGGGAACAAACCUUUUUUUAUCAAAUCCAUUGUUGAAGGAACACCAGCAUACAAUGAUGGAAGAAUUAGAUGCGGUGAUAUUCUUCUCGCUGUCAAUGGUAGAAGUACCGCAGGCAUGAUACAUGCUUGCUUGGCAAGACUGCUGAAAGAACUUAAAGGGAGAAUUACUCUCACUAUUGUUUCUUGGCCUGGUACUUUUUUAUAAAAUCAAUGAUAGGUCUUAGAAAAAAAGAAAAUCACAAGUAGGCUAAGUUGAAACACUGUAUUUAUCUUGUCAAUUUUUAUAUUUAAAGAACACGUUGAAAAAUGUGCAGUGAAGUAUGAUCUAAUAAAAGCCAGUUACACCUCAGCAAAUAUUCUCCAAAAAAUAAAAACUACUAAUAGUUUUUAUUUAGUGUGGAGGACUUUUUUAAUUGUUCCACAACUUUAAGUUUGUAUUUUUCUAUUCAACAAAAGGCCCAUACAACUAAAGUGGUUUGUGUGCCCCACUGAAUUCAAGUCAUUGAUUUAAAUUGAAAUUUGGUAUAUGCAGAGUACUAUACAAAGAGUACAUUAUGGACAUUUUAAAAUUAAAGG